UUCAAAAUCUGUCAGUCCGCUGUUGCGCUCCGGUGCAGUUGUGUCUUAUUGAUAAAAAUAACACUCGCUUUUUGCCGUCUUUCAGCACGAGUGGUCGCCGUUCCCCGCCCGCCCAUCGGACCAUCCGUGACAACAUUCAACAUUGCUCGUUUUUAACGGACAAACGGGACCCGUUUUCUUGAGUCUAGAUGAGUCCGUCUCGUGCCGGACGGAACAUUUUACAGUGCCGAAAAUCAUCGCCAUCGUUUGACGUGUAAUCGUUUUCCGAUUUACUACAGUCCGUUUUUCUUUUUUUCUUUUGGCGGCAAUCCAUCGCGUCACUGUCCAGGUUUAAAGAAAAUUCAUACAAACAAUACGGAUAGAGGAUUUGUUUGAAUAAAUCAAAAUGGAAACACCACCUUUUAAUACAGAGCCAACUCGGAUGAUGACCAGAAGUGUUCUAGCUGAGAUACCAACCCGACUCGGACGAUUAUCUAUGACAGACCCUAAUAAUGGAUUGGGCCGAAAUGACCACCACCUCAAUAUAAUGAAUACAACUAUAAGUAACUUUCCAACAUCAAUGAUGACACCAUCUCCUAGUCCAGAUGAAUUAAUUAUCCAACAAAGAGGACGUCGUAAAAUACCAGUUACUUUUAGUCCUGACAUUGAUGCCAUCAAACAGAAUAAUCAAGAGACUCCAACAAAAUCUGGUUGUUCUAAUUACAGUAAGAGUUCAAUUGUUCUAAGGAGUACUCCUCGCAAAAGAUUACUGUUAAAUGAUCCUCUGGAAUUAUCAUCUCCAGACAAAUACAAAAUUGGCUCUCCCAGUUGUAAAAAAUUACGUACUGAUGUAUCAGUUGAACUUCCAGAAGAUAAUUGUCUAUUAUCUGCUUUAAAAUCAUUGUCUCCAGAUCAGCUGAUUGGUAUAAUCGGACAGAUUGUCAUUGAUCAUCCAAAUGUUGAAAAGGAAAUUAGAUCACAUUUUCCUGUAGCGGACUUAAAACCCCUUGAAGAGCGCAUUUAUUAUUUGCGACGUAAUAUUUAUAAAGCUUUACCAAGUAGCCGAUUGAUUUCAAAAACUGAUCCAACUGCAUAUAAUAGAGUCUCAACACAUGUCUUAGCAUUCAAGAAAUGUGUUGUUGAUCAGGGUAGACGUUUAGUUGAAAGUAAUCAGUGGCCAAUUGUUAUGGACUAUGUGUUCAUGGCAUGGAAACAUGUUCGUAAUACUCCUAUAUGGGACAACCCUGCCCACAAUGCUGCACGCAGACAGUGUUUUAAAUCACUAUCAGCUCAGUGUAUGACUGCCCUCAAACACAUGAAGGAUACUAUGAACCAACAAAGCUGUGACAAUUAUAAAAACCAAUUGAAACUAUUAGUUGAUGACAGCGAAGACAUGGAAUGGUGUUUACAUUUUCUAAAUAUUAACGAGUGACUGCAUUGACUAAGUUUCUUUAUUUUUUUUCCAUUUUGUCCAUCUAUCAGCAUUUGUGAUCGAUGGUUAAUAUUUUGACUAUAGGAAAUUAUUAAGCUACACAUGCUAUGUAACAUCGCGUUAAUUUAAAAUAUUAGUAAAUUUAUUUUAAUUGUAUACAAAAAUUGAAUGUUCUCAACUUAUUUGUGAAUAAUAU